CGGAAAUUCAAGGUAUUCAAACAUGCGCUCCUCAUCAACACUUCUCAUUGCUUUUGGCCUCUUUUUGGCUUCAAUGUCGGUUGAAGCCAUUAUCAGACCAGGAUAUGGAAGCGGAGGACAUCGUCCACCAUCAUCGUACCAUGGAGGACAUCACAAUGAUGAUGACUGUACGACAAAGCCACCAAAGUCCACGAGUACUCCAUCAACUUCCACAUCAACUCCUACAACUACCACAACAACUACUACUACCACCACUACAACUCCUACCACAACCACCACCACCACCACGACCACCACACCUGAACCAACAACUACCAAGGUAAAAGUUUGUCCACAAGGAUACACAAGCUUCCUUCGUACUCCUGCUGCUGACAACUCGUUCACUUCUGAAUGGUGCAUGCAAUUGAUAUGGUCCCCAAGACAACCAAUGCCGAUCAAUAAUGCAUCUGCUCUUUGCCAGGCUUCUAACACUGAAGCAGUUGUAACUACCUUCGCCAACGAGGAGGAGCUCAAUGUGUUCUCUUUACAAAUGGCACAACAGUUCGAUCGUGUUGGACCGGCAACUCGUGGCGCUAUUGCUGUCGACGGAAGACGUAUUGCAGCAUGUGUUUCAAGAGAUCGAGGAAUUCUUGACAGUGAGGAAUGCAAUGGUACAAAUUCAUUCGUAAUGGUUGAUAAGCAUACCUCACCAGGUUUUACUUGGUCUAAAUGGGCUACAAAUGAGCCAUCUGCAAAUGCUUGGACAUAUGACAUCGAACAAUGUAUACAAUUUACCGUCUACCCAGCGCUCACAGGACCAGGGGAUAAUCCAUACAAUAUGCUCAACCGUAACAAUAAAUUCAACGAUAUCUACUGCAACAUGGACAAGGCUCCAAAUGAGCCAACCAACACCGCCUACUGGAACUUCGGUGCUCUUUGCGGAGUCCUCCCAUCCUAAACACUUCUAAUUCUAAUGAUGGUAUAUUUUGAAUGUUUAAAUGAUAAUAAAUGAGGUUAUUCAAAAACAAAA